CAUACGCUUCAACAUCUAGCAAAUUAUCUGAAGUUUCGUCAGUGUACAAGUACUUCUUUCGUACCGCUCCGUCAAACGUAGAUCAAGCCAAAGCGAUAGUUGCACUUAUAAAGCUUUAUAAAUGGAAAAAGGUGUGUACUAUAGCAACUGACGACGUUUAAGGACGAGAUCUUACGGAACUUGUCCUUGCUGAACUUUCAAAGACCAACGUCUCUGUCACUGUCACCGAGACAUUUCAAGUCAGAGCUCAUGCUGGAAUCGUGAGGCCCAAAGUUGCAAAGCUAAAACGUGCUGGUUGCCAUGUUGGAUUGGUGUUUAUGGUUCGUAACGAUGCGGAAGUUGUAUUUCAACAAUUGAGGGAGUUAGAAAUGGUUGGUCGGGAUUGGAUUUGGAUUGGAUCGGAUAAGGCUACCACAUCGGUGUUUGAAGAUGCAGCUAAUCUCCAGGAUGCAAUGCAAGGCGUUAUUGGCGUCCAUCCGAGACACGGCGAAGGAAGAUUGUUUGACCAAUUCAUGUUGGCUAUAGCGAGACGUGAAGCUUCUCGCUAUUCCGGAAAGAAAAAUAGUCAUUCUAAAACAACGUAUCUUGCUCAUUUAUUUGAUUUUAUUCACGGAAUGGCGUUGGAACUGUCAGAGCUGGCGAGGAAAGAAAUUAUCACCAGCAAGUCGAAAAUCAUUGACAUGGGAAAAGCUCUUUACGACAGACUAAAACGAGCAAACAAGAAAGAAGCUGGUUUCCCUAGCUCUGUCGGUGGACUGGACACCAUGUAUUUCGAUAAGAAACAAACCGGACCCCCCGCUUUUGUAUUUGUGAAUUUAGUGGGAAAACAGUGGAAAACUGUCGGUAUUUACAUUCAUCAAACAAGGAGUGUGUCAUUGUUCCGUGAUCCAGUCUUUACCGGUGGUGUAACAAUUCCGAUAGUGUUACCUGUCAAACCAUCGUAUAGGAUUGCGGCGUUCUUUCCUACGAGUAAAUCAUUUGGUUCGCUUGCUGAUCUUGCUGAAGAAUGGAAAUCUGCUUUUAAAAUCGCCGUCAACACUAUCAACAGUGAUUCGUUGUACAACAUUCGUCUUGAAUACGACAUUAUAGAAACCGCUAAAGAUGUAGACUGGUGUCGUAAAAGAGCCGCUGGUGUUGGUUGAAAAGAGAAUAAAUGAUUGACAAGUUGAAUCAUUUAAUGACAGAGGGGAGUAUUGAUUGUCAAGGGUAAAUAAAGAUUGACAAGUUGAUUUAUUGGUUAAAAUACUUACUGAAUCACAAAUACAUGCAAUCUUCAUUAAUUAUAUAUUUCAGAACUCAAGUCCAUAGACUUAAACGACAUUUGCUGAGCUUGACAUUUUUUUGUUUAGACUCUUUCUUCUAA